UUGUCCCUUCAAAUUUCUUGCACUUUUUCUACUUUUCAAUCCCGAAUCUCAGUUUCAUUUCUUAUAAAUAAACACACACCAUUUCACCUUUUCCAACAUAUCCUUUAUCCAUUUUCAAAAACAAUGACUUUAACACUUCGUUCUUCAAUUUCUUUCAUCAUUCAGAAAGAAACCAGAUUCCUUAAAUCAUACGAGGAUGUCUCUGCAACACUCACCUUUGCUAAAAUUAAACCAUCUUUUGAUCUUAAAGCCAAGAGUUCAUUGCAAGUAGCACACACCUUCAAAUCGGAAGUAAACAUAAAUGAGAAAUAUGAGAAGGUGCAUGCUCCAUCAAUUGUUCAUAGUAACCAUGAUGAUUCAAAGAGAGUGCCGGUGUUUGUGAUGCUUCCACUUGACACGGUAACAAUGGGAGGAAACUUGAACAAACCAAGAGCAAUGAAUGCUAGUUUGAUGGCUUUGAAGAGUGCUGGAGUCGAAGGGGUUAUGGUGGAUGUUUGGUGGGGUUUGGUUGAAAAAGAUGGACCUUUGAAGUAUAACUGGGAAGCUUAUGCUGAGCUUGUGCAAAUGGUGCAAAUGCAUGGUUUGAAGAUUCAGGUUGUUAUGUCUUUUCAUCAGUGUGGAGGAAAUGUUGGAGAUUCCUGCAGUGUUCCUUUACCUCCAUGGGUGAUGGAAGAGAUCAGCAAGAACCCUGAUAUAGUUUACACGGACCGAUCCGGGAGGAGAAAUCCCGAGUAUAUAUCAUUGGGCUGUGAUUCAGUGCCUGUACUAAGAGGAAGAACUCCCCUCCAAGUUUAUGCCGACUACAUGAGGAGCUUUCGUGACAGAUUCGGCGAUUACUUAGGCAGUGUCAUCUCGGAAAUACAAGUAGGGAUGGGUCCAUGUGGGGAGCUGAGAUAUCCAUCAUAUCCAGAAAGCAAUGGAACUUGGAAGUUUCCUGGAAUUGGAGAAUUCCAAUGUUAUGACAAGUAUAUGAAAGCAUCCUUGGCAGCAGUAGCCGAGGCUAUCGGAAAGAAAGAAUGGGGAAAAGGCGGUCCCCAUGACUCCGGACAGUACAAACAGUUUCCUGAGGAUACUGGUUUUUUCAGAAAAGAUGGAACAUGGAACUCUGAAUAUGGACAGUUCUUUCUGGGAUGGUACUCCGGUAAACUGUUGGAACACGGCGAGAACAUCCUUGUAUCAGCCAAAGAAAUAUUCCAAACUUCUGGUGUGAAACUAUCUGGGAAAAUAGCUGGGAUCCAUUGGCAUUACAGAUCAAGGUCGCACGCAGCUGAACUAACUGCUGGAUACUAUAAUACGCGGCAUAACGAUGGAUAUCUUCCGAUUGCGAAAAUGUUUGCAAACCAUGAUGUUGUCCUCAAUUUCACCUGCAUGGAAAUGAAAGACAGGGAACAGCCUGAUCAUGCUAACUGCUCACCAGAAGGGUUAGUUCACCAAGUAAAGACGGCGGCAAGAAAGGCUAGAAUAGAACUUGCAGGGGAAAAUGCAUUAGAGAGAUAUGAUGCAGGUGGAUACGCUCAAGUUUUGUCGACAAGUAUGUCCGACUCCGGCAGCGGAUUGGCUGCAUUUACAUACUUGAGAAUGAGUAAAAAGUUGUUUGAAGGUGAUAACUGGCGGCACCUAGUAGAUUUUGUAAGAAACAUGUCGGAAGGCGGUAGGAGACAGAGACUUCCAGAUUCCGAUUCACGCGGAAGUGAUAUUUAUGUUGGGCACAUCAAGAAAACUAAAGAGCACAAACAAGAGGCUGAGGCUGUUGUUGUGUGAACACAUGUAUUAGCAUGUAUGUUCAGGCGUCUUGGUGUAUGUUCAGAACCAUCAUAAGAUGUUUUUUAUACGAAAAAGGAAGACAAUAUAGAAAAAGAGGGACAAUGAGAUAGUUAUGAUUUGUAUACAUAGAACAGUGGACUAGGCCAUGCCAAAACCUAAGAUCAUGAAGAUAUUAUUUUAUUUCAUGGUGCAUAUAUAACUCUAUUUAUUAAGGAGAAAAACUUUAUCUGCAAUGUGAUGUUUCCCUCACUCUGUAAGAUCGGUUUAAAGAAACACAUGUCAAAUUGUUCA